AUGGCUGAAAAGAUCCCCAACUGCAAAAUCAUGGGUUAUCCUCAUAUUAAAUCUAGGAUGAGGACACUUAAAUCACAAUUUAGAGAACUAAAGGAGAUGAGGAGCCAAUCUGGGUUUGGAUGGGAUGAUGCAAACAAAUGUGUAACCUGUGAGGAUGAUGUAUGGUAUUCUUGGUUGAAGAGUCACAAAGAGGCCGCUGGACUUAGAAACAAGCACUUCCCUUACUUUGAUGAGCUAGCAAUCAUUUUUGGGAAGGAUCAAGCAACUGGAGAUGGAGCAGAAUUUGCAAGUGAAUCUGUGGAAGCUUUAGAAAGGGAGAACUUAACACUCACAGCAGCCAAAGCAGCUUCUGAAGCUCAUGAAGCAAUGAAAAACAUGGUUGAAGAUGACUACUUUAGUGUGGAUAUUGAGUUAGAAAAUGAGUGUGUCUUCAUCUCUGAAAAUGCUUGCGAUGACUCCUCAAAUGCUUCAUGCAAAAAAAGUAAGGCACAAGAGAAAAUGCAAGGUGAAUUAAGUGUUCCUCCAAAAAAACAGAAGAAACAGAGAUCAACUAAGGAUCCAAUUGACGAUUCCUUCUCCAAGCACAUGGAAAGAUUUUACGAUAUUUGUGAUGGAGCAAAGCAAGAGAUAGGACCUUAUUAA